GCCAUUCCUCUGUAUUGAUCGAUGUCGCUUCGGUGACCUAUUCUAACAUCCUGAACACUAAUCAGUAGAUCUAAAUCGAUCAUUAUUUUCUGAUAAUCCUGCUCUUCUACCAGGACUUUUUAUUUUUUACUAUUUUUUAUCGUAAUUGAAUGAAAGCAGAGAAUCGAGGAGUCAUCUUAAUUGUUUUGUCGGCCGGCACUAACAAAGGAUAAUUAUGCACAUCCAAACUCGAAUAUAAUUUUACUUCUUCCCAUAUAAUCAACUACAUGCACUUUUUAAGCUCACAAUUGGCUUUAUCAUCAUCUUCACUUCAUCUUCAACUUUAUCUUCAUCUUCACUUUAUCUUCAUCUUCAUCGUCGACUUCGUUUUUAUUUUUUUUUAUUUUUAUUAUUUUUAUUGUACUUUUAUUGUAA